AUGGCCGUGGUGGCCGGUUCUAGCUCGAGACCUGCCGUUGCUUCUUCCUCCGUCCCUGCAUAUGAGCCACCGACCCAGCCUGUCGCCUUCCCUUCGUUCGCUGUUGACCUCAGCGGCAAUGUCGGCGACGAGGUUGGUACAGGGGAACAUCUUCCGACCUCAGUACAUUGUUCUACACCAGCUGGUGUUGGAGACGGAUUGUUUGAAGAUCCAGAUGACGAUGAUGUUGAGCCGGAUCUGAUUACUGACGACAGUGGCGAUGAUCUUGGAGCGAGUGACCCGAGAGGGGCUGCAGGUGGAUCUAGUUCUGGGACACAGCAGUACCCACCCCAUUUUUCAUCAUUGGACCUGGAUGCCAUGAGGCAUGAUGGGCUUUCUGGGCAGGCUGCUGGAUUUGGCGUUAGAGAUGUGGACGGGUCUGCUGGUAUGACAGAGUUCCAGGGUGACUGGGAUGAGUCGUACAAUGAGAUCCCUAUGUGGGUGUUAGGAGUCCAGUUGACCAUGCCUGGUUCAGUAGCAGUCCUUCGGACAUGCCCUGUUCGAGUUGGGGGACAGUUGGACGAGUCUCAUGCUUAUUUUCAUAGGAUGUUCUGGAUGUUCACACCUUGUAUCGAGGCAUUCUGUCAUUGCAAGCCGUUGGACGGGAACUCCAACAUACUCCAUGUGGCAUUUGUACUAGUUGAGGGUGAGAAUGCUGAUUCGUGGUUCUUCUUUCUCUCCCACCUCCGUCAGCACAUCACACCGCAGCCAGGUCUUCUAGUUAUUUCGGACAGGCAUAACGGCAUCAAGGCCGCCCUUGACGCUCCUGAUGGGGGAUGGCUACCUCCGGCUGCAUACCGGGCAUUCUGCAUUCGACACGUAGCAGCAAAUUUCGCCCUCACCUUCAAGGGCAAAGACGCUCGGAGGCUUCUUGUGAAUGCCGCAGAUGCAAAGACCGAAGUGGAGUUCGAUUACUGGUUUGACAUUCUGCGGUUUGAGAAUCCGGCCAUGUGCGACUGGGCGAACAGGAUUGAGUAUUCAUUGUGGACACAGUAUUGUGAUGAGGGUCGCAGAUUCGGGCACAUGAUGACCAAUAUCUCUGAGUGUGUGAACUCAAUCCUUAAGAGUGUUAGGAACCUCCCUGUGUGCUCGCUGGUGAAGGCCACAUACGGCAGGUUGGCUAAGCUAUUUGUCCGCAAGGGGAGGGAGGCCAAGGCCCAGUUGGGAACCGAACAACAAUUCAGUCAAUACUUGGUAAAGUGUAUCGAGGCCAAUCUGAAGACGGCUAGGUGCUUCACGGUGACUGUAUAUGACAGGGAUAACUCGGAGUACAUAGUGGUAGAGACGACUCCGACUGGUUCGUUCUCACUGGGUAGCUACAGGGUCUCACUAGCUUCGCAGACAUGUGAUUGUGGCUACUUCCAGGCACUUCAUUUUCCAUGUCCGCACGCAUUGGCAUGCUGUGCCUACUCACGUGUUACUUGGCAACCAUACCUCCACCAGGUGUAUCGACUAAGUUCGGUUUUCAGUGUAUAUCGGAUGAGAUUCACACCUCCAAUCCCGGAGGGUUUCUGGCCACCUUAUGACGGGCCGACCGUUAUACCGGACCCGAAUAUGAGGCGUGCGAGGGAGGGUCGUUCGCGGUCCACUCGGAUAAGAACCAAUAUGGAUGAGGCAGAUCCGAACCGGCCCAAGAGAUGUGGCCUCUGUAGGCAACCUGGACACACUCGUCGAAGUUGUCCACAGACCGGAGGACCCAGCCAUGCAGGGUGA